AGGCCGGGCGAGGUUUGCUUCAAGAAGGGGCGUGUGGCCGGAGCGGCUCGUGUUCUCGCAACUUGGGAGAGAGCGAGGAGGCAGAGGAGGGAGGGCGGAAAGUUGGUUCCCCCGACGUCGGCGCCGGGCGGGCCGGGUGGCCACGGAGCCGGGAGGCGGCCGGAGCCGGGCAGAGUGCGGGGCGGCGGGGCGCGCUGGCUGCGACCCCGCCGGCGACCCGGCCGGCGACCCCGGGGCGGCUCGCGGGCAUGGACAGCGCGGCCGCCGCCUUCGCCGUGGACAAGCCGGCGCUGGGCCCGGGACCUCCGCCGCCCUCUGCCCUGGGGCCCGGCGACUGCGCCCAGGCGCGCAAGAACUUCACGGUGAGCCACCUCCUGGACCUGGAGGAGGUGGCCGCGGCCGGGCGGCUGGCAGCGCGUCCCGCGGGGGCCGAGGCGCGGGAGGGCGCGGCGCGGGACCCGUCCGGGGGCAGCAGCGGCAGCGAGGCGGCGCCGCAGGACGGUGAGUGUCCCAGUCCUGGGCGCGGAAGCGCCACCAAGCGGAAGAAGAAGCAGCGGCGGAACCGCACCACGUUCAACAGCAGCCAACUGCAAGCGCUGGAGCGCGUGUUCGAGCGCACGCACUACCCUGACGCCUUUGUGCGCGAGGAGCUGGCCCGGCGUGUCAACCUCAGCGAGGCGCGCGUGCAGGUCUGGUUCCAGAACCGCCGGGCCAAGUUCCGCCGCAACGAGCGGGCCAUGCUGGCCAACCGCUCCGCCUCGCUGCUCAAGUCCUACAGCCAGGAGGCCGCCAUCGAGCAGCCUGUGGCCCCCCGGCCCACCGCCCUGAGCCCAGAUUACCUCUCCUGGACGGCCUCGUCCCCGUACAGUACAGUGCCACCCUACAGCCCUGGAGGCUCCAGCCCGGCAACCCCAGGGGUCAACAUGGCCAACAGCAUCGCCAGCCUCCGCCUCAAGGCGAAGGAGUUCAGCCUGCACCACAGCCAAGUGCCCACCGUGAACUGACCGCCUGCCCUGUGGGGACCCGGCUGCCUGCCUGGUCUACAGUGACAGAAAAGAGGGCAGGCACACAGGAAAGUGACCUCCUCCUGUCCCUGUCCCCAGGGUUCUCCUGGCCCUUCUGUCCAGCCCAGACUCCUGGGACGGAGAGGCUGCUGAGAUGCCAAAAGCCUGGCUGGAGACUUCGGCCCAUGACCCUCAGAGGUGUUGGGCUGGAAGGUGGAGCAGGAGCUAACCAAGGACCUCAUUUACUUUGUGUAUUAAAACCAAAUAGCUUUUGUCUUUAAGAAAUAAAAAGUUGUUUAAGCCCAAAAAGGUUGUGGGAGGGCAGGUACGGGCAGCAAACCAAUUAGGGGCCGCCAUCCAGGGUCCAUGGAGACUGGGUCCAGUGGCCAGCGAGGCCAGCUGUCCACACAUCUGUCUCCUUCUGAAUGAAGUCCUGCCUCACCCCACAGAGCCCCAGGGUGGGGACAGGGACAGGAGGACAAAGAGCUGCCCCAGACUCUGUGGACAUGCAGGGUCUAAGUGACUCUGAGCAAGAGGACCCCUCCCCUGUCUAAGAGGUCAGGGAGUGACCCCCCUGCCCUAGGGCACGGUGCAGAUGGGUGACCACGAACUGGCCAGAAGGUGUAUGGGCAGAUGCUGAAAUGAAAUUCCCUGUUUUUGUGAAUACAAAAAGUGGGGGACCCCUCUGAGCAUUUGACUGUGGAGGAGCCUGGGCAAAUGGCCCGCAAAGUUGGGGCACAGAGCGGAGGUCCUAGGCAGGCUUACAGGAUGGAGUAGUCCCAACGGUUCAGGACACCAGAGGGCUUUGCUCAAGCCCCCCAAGCCACCUUUUUGCAGGUGGUAACUGGGGGCGACAGAGGACACCUGUGCCACCAGCCAGUGACACCAAUGAGGAGCUACAGAAAACUGCGGGGUGAGGGCAGUGGUCUGAAGCCAGCCCCUCCGCCCGGCCCUCUGCCACCCCUUCAAAGUUCAUGUCUGGCACUUCAACUAGCCCCCAGGAAAUAGGACGGCGCUCCCUGACCCUCGAGGGUGCGAAGAUGACCAGCCCCUUCGUUUGGGCAGCCCUCACAGUGACAUAGUGGUCACGCACGCCCUGACGGGGUCAAUAUUGUAUCAUCUGCCAGCCCCACAGCCUCGGAGCACCCCUAAAGGGCCAGCGGUCCCACCUACAGGCCACAUCUGGAUGACCUCAGUCAGGUCCAAGCUACGUGACAAAGGCUUGCUUGAGGGAGGGUCCCAUUUUUGUUUUAAGAAGUAUGGUGACUAUACCCAUGAGUGAGGUGAGGACCCCUCCCCAGUCUCCCCCAAUUCACCCCUCGAUGACCUCCCUUGUACUCUGCCUGGAACUCCACCGUGAAAACAUGGUCCUUGUGGGCGGAGCUUGGCCCUGUCUGAUGUGCAGACGUGAGUGGGGAUGCUCACUGCGUGACUUCCUGGUGGCUGGAUGGUUGGGACUCAGUCAGCACCAAGGGGGGACCGAGGGGGACCAGGGAGGCACAAGCUGGAGCUGAAGCCGUGGGAGGGGCCAUGCUGCUCACGCCCUGACUUGGCUCGGGCCCACCUGACAGGAGGGCAGGGCUGGAGCCGGGGAGAGAGCUGCACCUGGACAGGUGUACCCGUGGAUGCAGCCAGGGCUGCGUUUUCUCACUCAGUGUGGCCUCUGCCUCGGGCUUUUUGGGCCUUCAUUGCCAUUAAUCACUGAACAAAUAUUGUGGAACAGCCACUCUGCACCAGGCCCUGAGGAGAAAGCAGAGAGGACCGACAUAGGGUCCCUGGCUGCAGAGGCCAUACCCAGCACACGAGGCCCCAGACUUAGUCUAAGGCAUCUAGGCAGACUUCCUGGAGGAGGAGUCUGAGAAGGAUGAAGCGUUCACCAAACAGAGAGGAGAGGGAGAGCGGUGCUUCUGGCUCAGGGAAAGCAAAUGGGAAGGCCCUGGGGAAAGCCAGCAGCCGUCUCUUCGGGGCAGUUCCAGGGCUGGGUGUCCCGGUGUGGAAUGAACACAUGCAGGAGCCAGCUCCUGUGGGACAGGUGUGGCCAGGUCUAAAAGUUUGGAUGUCACCCUGGCACUCGGAAGCCACGGAGGGGAUUUGCUUGGAGGAGGAAGCUGCACCCUGGGCGCUGUGUGGAGGCUGGGGCAGGCGUCCAGGCAGAAGAGACAGCAUCCUGGGCCAGCUGGGGUCAGGUGUCAGAUCGGGGAGGUGUCCUGGACACAGCAGGGUCGGGGGCUGAUGACGAGAUGAUGGGCUGGGGAGAAGGCAGAGGCCAGGGGGCCAGGAUCUGGCUUAGGCACCCGGAAGUGCCCGGGGAGGAAGGAACCCUGGGAAGGAGACCUGCCUGCUAGAAGUCCCUGGAAGAUGCUGGUUGCCUUCCACGUGGACAAGAGUGGGACCAUCCUGGUCUGAGUAAGAGUCCUCCCUCACACAGAGCUGACCCCUCCCACCUGGCAGGGGCUUUGCACCAACCAAGGGCUGGCAUGGAGCCCAGAGCAGGGAGCUCCUAGGCAGCCAGUGUCUCUUUCCUCCCCAGAAGCCCUGAACAGGGAGCGAGAAACCGAGUGGCUGGGCGCCCAGCACCCAGGCACCUCCGGCGAUCCAGCAUUUGCGCAGAUGCAGGCCCGCGGGUCUUGCUCUGUGCAAUUCAAAGUUGGGGUGGGUGCCCCGAAGCUGG